GUAAAAAAACAGAAGAUAGAUACAAAAUCUGAUCUAAAACGAUGAAAGCCCAUCUUUGUCACAUUACCUACCAAUUGCUCCUCCAUCGCCGGCCCUGCAGCGUCGUCAACUCCUCCGCCAUCAUAACAAUCCUAAUUCAUAGUUAUGGCUUCCACAAUUGUGAAUAUGCCAUUGAAUGUUGGAACAAUCAAGGGUCUAGAUUGCCUUAGCCAUGGAAAAUUUAAUGCUAAUGCUCUUCCAAUUCGCCCGUCGGUAUCUAGUUUGCCACAUAGGCGUAUGCUUGUAGUAAAGGCUUCCACAAAUGACGGACCCAUCAAAAAGUUGGGUAUGAGUGAUGCAGAAUGUGAAGCUGCUGUUGUUGCUGGAAACAUCCCUGAAGCGCCUCCGGUGCCCCCCAUUCCCGCUUCUCCUGCUGGAACUCCUGUGGGUACUUCAGUUGAUAUUAGGAGUCGGCCACGUCGCAACCGUCGGUCACCAGUCUUGAGAUCUGCAUUCCAGGAAACAAGCUUGUCCCCUGCAAAUUUUGUGUACCCACUUUUCAUUCAUGAAGGUGAAGAGGACACACCUAUCGGGGCCAUGCCCGGUUGCUAUAGGCUUGGAUGGAGACACGGGCUUGUUGAAGAGGUUGCCAAGGCUCGUGAUGUUGGGGUCAACAGUAUUGUGCUUUUCCCUAAAGUUCCGGAUGCAUUAAAGAGUCCCACCGGAGAUGAAGCAUACAAUGAUAAUGGACUAGUACCUCGAACUAUCCGCUUGCUCAAGGACAAGUACCCUGAUCUUAUUAUUUACACUGACGUUGCUCUAGAUCCAUAUUCUUCGGAUGGGCAUGAUGGUAUUGUCAGAGAAGAUGGAGUUAUAUUGAACGAUGAGACUGUGCAUCAGUUAUGCAAACAGGCUGUUUCACAGGCUCGUGCUGGAGCAGAUGUGGUAAGUCCCAGUGACAUGAUGGAUGGUCGUGUAGGGGCAAUUCGGUCAGCCCUUGAUGCUGAAGGUUUCCAACAUGUGUCUAUUAUGUCCUAUACUGCAAAAUACGCCAGCUCAUUUUACGGUCCAUUUCGAGAAGCGUUAGACUCGAAUCCCCGUUUUGGAGAUAAGAAAACUUACCAAAUGAACCCUGCAAACUAUAGAGAAGCCCUGAUUGAGUUGCGUGCAGAUGAGUCUGAAGGGGCAGACAUCCUUCUGGUAAAACCAGGCUUGCCUUACUUGGAUGUUGUUAGGUUGCUCCGUGAUAACUCUCCAUUGCCAAUCGCUGCAUAUCAGGUUUCAGGAGAGUACUCGAUGAUAAAAGCCGGAGGCGUCUUAAAAAUGAUCGAUGAGCAAAAAGUAAUGCUGGAAUCACUGAUGUGUUUGAGGCGUGCUGGCGCAGAUAUCAUCCUCACCUAUUUCGCAUUACAGGCAGCCAGAUGCUUGUGCGGUGAGAAGUAAACGCGGUUGGCGUAUUUGAGUUCGAGUUUCUUGCCAGACGGGUAUUUUUAAAUAUUUAUUUGUUGCAUGAGUAGAAGAAAAAUAAAAAAAAAGAAAUAAAAAAAUUGGAGUUGAAAAAGCUUCUGUAACUAUUACAUGUGAUUGAUGGCAUAGUGCCAUAGUGCGUUGAUGUAUAUUAAUUAUUAUAGGCCCCCCUUAUUCCCGCA